UCAACAGAAUCUUCCCUAAGUUGCCAUGGCUUCAAAGCCUUCAAUCCAGAGCCAGGAGCCAACAGAUGAAGGUAGACAAGAUGCACAAUGUACCGAACAUGAAAUCGGUAACAUUGUAACCGAGGUGGCUACGGAGAUGCUGAAGGAUUUAACGGAACAUAAGCACGAGAGACAAACAUCUAACAAUUCGGAAUCUUCCAAGGAGGGAAAGGCGAUCAUCGAAUCCAAGAACAAGGUGAAAGAAUUAGGUAAGAAGGAUGUGCAGAAGGAGCCUGACAUCAAGAGUCAUGGAGUUAAGCCAACCAAGACCAAGCAUAAAAAAGGGGACGAGAAGAAGAAAAAGAAGAAAAAGGAGAAGGGUGAUAAUACUGAUUAUAGCGGUAGAGCAGCAGUUGAAAAGAAGAAAAAGAAGAAAAAGAAGAAAAAGGACGACGAUGAUAAUACUGGUUAUAGUAGUAGCAGUAGCAGCAGCAGCAGUGAGAGCGACGAUGACACAAAAUGCAAGAAUAAGGGGAAGAGUUGGCUAUGGAUGGGUGUAAUUGGAAGCAUACUGUUAUUAACUGGGGGGUUAGUGGUGCAACAAGUUGACAAAAUGAGGUUUGCGAAACUGCUAGGUGGAUCACAAGCACAACUCAACCAAGAGAAAGCAGGUCAGGUCCCUCUCAUAUUAGAAGAGCAAAGGAGGAAGCAGAGCAAGGCAAAGCAUACUGAUGUCCCCUCUUCAUACAGAGAUGUCCAAAUUGGCCCGUCUUGAAGUUCAAUACAGAACUACAUCCCUACAAAUUCAACAUAUUUCCUUUACAUGAUAUAGAAUUCUUCUGUUCUGUUGGACUAAUGGACUCUUUUAAGCAAGAACCACCUUCAGAAAUCCACCUCUGUAAUUGAAAUUGAACUGUUCUGGCAUCUUGUAUAGAUCUGGGAUUUUAUGAUAGACCAUUCUGGACAGAUCAAGGCCUUCAACCAGAAAUUUGGUUAUAUAAUUUAUAAAAUAUCCCCCAACCAGCUCUAGAUGGG